UGUUUGAGGAGGCUUGACACUUGGUUCACUUGUCCCAUUUUAUAUAGGAUUGCUUGUAUCUCAGAAAUGGAUGGAGGUUUGAAGCUGAAUUUGCUACAUACAUACAUAUAUUUACCUAGUCCACACAGUUGCUACAUUUCUAUUUUUAAUUGUUCACAAUGCGAUAAAGUAACUAACACUAACUGAGUUUGAGACUGAACAUUUGAAUAGUGGGGUGAGGUAAAUGGAAUUUGGUGACUUGUGUGUAGGGUGUAGCUAACCCUUUGUUAAAUUGGUAUUCAUCCCUACAGCUAGGAGGUAGUGUUUAAGAGCAUUCAUGAAGUGGGUCCUUGUGACUACAGUGCCAUUUUGUUGAAGAAAAAGCUUGCUGCGAGAGCUAUGUGGCUGCAUAUUGUAAAAUAAGGAUAUGAAAUGAAAAGACUUCAAAAUAAACUUUUUAUUGAAAAAUGUAUGCAACAUGUUGGUUUAUCUUGGUCAGUCAGAAUUAAGAUAACCAAAUCUCUGCCCCCCUCCCCCAAUUCCCAUCCUUAAGAAAAAUGGAUGUAAAAGUUUUCUUCUAUAACUACACAUUUUAUCAAAGUCAAACACCAAUAGUAAAUAUAUAAUAUGUCAUUCAUACAAGUAACAGUUAAAUUUUAUUUCAGUUCUUCAUGCUAAAAUGCAUGUCAAGUACUGGGAAACAAAAGAGAUAGCCAAAAAGGCAGACAAGUGUUUUACAAGAGAAAUGCUUCAAGACCUGGCUCAAUUCAAAAGGGCAGCUGACUCUUUCAUCAAAAGAGGGGCACAUUUAAUCAAGCUCAUUGAAGGUUGUGUGGAGUGUGUGUUAAUGUUUGAUGCUGCAGAGAAGUUACAAAGUUUCUGGACAGAGUACAAGUCUGGGGAUUUAUCUAAGUUUCUGACAAAUGAGUACAUCACCCAAGAACUUGAAGAGAUGGAGGGAGAAGAGCUGUAUAUGGAUGUAUACAUUAGUGAACAAGAGUUGGCUAUAGCCUGGGAUUUCUUCACAAAACCAGGAGAACCAGAAACCCAAACCAAUAUAGAAUUGCCCUCUACAUCUGGCAGUCAAAUAAAGCAAGAGAGGCCAUUGACUAUUAGGCAAAAUAUUAAAGUGGAACUUGGAACAGUACAUUAUCAAAAGAGUUACCACAUCAUGAAGUCAGAAAAAGAAACUUCUGCAAUGUGUGAAGUUUGGGGAUCCAUAUUUGCACACAUAUCAACCCGUGUGUCAUGCACUUGGAAGGAGUUAGCUUUACAUUUAAAGUUUACUGCGGAAGAUACACAAGCCAUUGUGUCCCAGCACCCUAAUGAAGAAGAAGCACAGUGUUUAGAAUGCUUAGAAAGUUUCCUAGAGAGGAACUAUGACCAACCUGUUGAACAAAUCACAGCACAUCUGCUUACUGCUUUGUACACGAUGCAUCAACAAACAUUUGCUGAGACUGUGGCUGAUCUGCUAACAAUGGAAGGUCUCCCAGUAUGUCAUGAACUUAUUCAAAGACCAGUGGUGUGUGACACCUUGUCCUCUGAUGCUAGUUAUAAAGACUAUCAGAAAUAUGACUCUGGUGAGGACAAUGACAGUAUCAACAGUGAAAUAUGUCUUGGAAACACAAUAAGUAAUUCAGAUGAAAACGAGUGUCAGAAAGAAAAAAGCUGUCAUGCACCAAUAAAAGAUGGAGAUAAAAAACUCCCAGAACAAAGUGCUAACACUGAGAACAAUGCUGAUGGGUAUGGAGAGGGAAAUCGAGGUAAUGAAGAAGCUGAUCAUCAUGACAGUGAAGUUGAUGAAACUUUAGAGACUUUGAAUUAUGAACAAAGCUCUGAAAAUGAAGAAUCACUCCAUGUAGCAAAGCUCCAGUCUUUGCUUUCAUCAGAAACCCCCCCAGAGGACAAGAGACAUGUGGAGGAUAUUGUAAAACUGCUAGAACUUUCUCCAGAACUAUUUACAAAACUCAACAAAGUUGAACAGAAAAAGCUUGCUUCCAUGCUUCUUUGUGUAGGCUGUGAUUCAAAUGAAAAUGCUAAAAGGUGCAGAAAUUUGAAGCAAAAUAUUUUAAAACUUGCCUCCCCAAAACAUAAAGCUUUCACUAGUCUUCUAAAAACAGAGCUGUUGGAACUGUUACAUAAUGCUGAAGGAGAAAAUACAUUACACUUAAGUGAAAACUGGAAACUUCUGUCACAAACACCUAAAACAGAACUCAAAACCUGGCUAGUCAUUGCAGAAAUCUUUAUCAAGCAACUUCGUAAGAAUGAAAAAAAGACAAAAAUUUUGAAAAUACUUGCUAGAAAUCAAACCUUGCUGAAGCUCGUUCUUCAACAAAUCAAAAUGCUUCCCAAUGAAGAUGGGAGAGAUACACUGAAAAAUUUAGUCUUUGACCUGGAUAAACACUGCAGUGGUAGAGGAGUUGGUCUUGCUGUCUAUUGUCUAUUGUUACAUGACUAUCAGAGACAGGACCUACACACAUACAAUAACACCUCAGAGCAGUCAGAAUGUAUGAAAAUCAUAGCUGAGGGUAGGGGGACGUCUGAAGAAGUGCUCAAACAACUUUACCAAACCCACAAAUCCAGAAACCUGUCAGCAGUAGAGAGGACAUUGUUUCUGAAUGUGCUGUCACAGCAUGUAGAGAUCCACAGAUACCAGUGGUACAUGUAUAACACAGUUGACAUAGUUGCAAAAGAAAAUGCUGUAAUUCUGUUGCAAUAUUUCUUAACAAGCAAUAACACCACUGACUCAGAGCAGUCAAAAUGUAUGCAAAUCUUAGCCAAGGAUAAAUACACAUCUGAAGAAGUCCUCAAACAACUUUACCAGACAGACAAUGCCAGAACCCUGUCAGCAGUGGAGAAGGCAUUGUUUCUGAAUGUGCUGUCACAGCAUGUAGAGGUCCAUAAUGGAUGUUAUUUUGCUGAAGCAGGGAAUGCUAUGAUUCUGUUGCAGUCUUUCUUAACAAGCAAUGACAUUACUCACUCAGAGAAGUCAAAAUGUAUGCAAUUCUUAGCCAAGGAUAGGGGGACAUCUGAAAAAGUGCUCACACAAAUUUACCAGACCCAUACUACCAGAACCCUGUCAGCAGUGGAAAGGAGAUUGUUUCUGGAUGUGCUGUCACAGCAUGUAGAGAUUUACAGAUACCAGUGGCACAUGUAUAACACAGUUGACAUAGUUGCAAAAGAAAAUGCUGUAAUUCUGUUGCAAUAUUUCUUAACAAGCAAUAACACCACUGACUCAGAGCAGUCAGAAUGUAUGAAAAUCUUAUCUGAGGAUGAAAACACAUCUGAAGAAGUGCUCAAACAACUUUACCAAACUCACAAAUCCAGAACCCUGUCAGCAGUGGAGAAGGCAUUGUUUCUGAAUGUGCUGUCACAGCACACAGAAGUCCAUGAGAGCUGUGACAAAGCUGUAGAAAGGAAUGCUGACAUUCUGUUACAGUAUUUUUUCACAAACAAGAACAUUUCUAACACAGAGCAGUUAAGGUGCAUGGAUAUCUUAGCGAAAAACCAGCUUACAUCAGAAUUGGUUCUGAAGCAGUUUUGUCAGCAUCACACUAUUGAGGACAUUCCAGAAUCAAUAUUCCUAGAUGUGCUGUCACAGCAUGCAAAAGUACAUGGACUAAGUCUGGGUGCUACUUUAUGUGAUAUGGAAAUGAUGCUUACUAUAACUGAUAUCUUUAUGCAGCACUUGGCUUCUCAAAGAUUUUACAUAUACAAUUCUCAUAAAACUCCAUUAGCAUUCAGUUCAAGUGAAGACAGGGGAAUGGCUGCAUGGAAAAGCAUCUUUGAAAAAGACAAAUUCCUUUCCAUUAAAGCAUUGGAAAAGUUGCUUCAAUACCACGAAUCUGGCGAUCUUUCAUUUGAGGGCUGGAAAAUUAUGUCAGACUUGACAUGCCAACAUAUUAAAGUUCAUGGACGUGAAAGUCUGCCAUCUUCUUUAAAAGCAUGGCAUGUAAACUUUAGCACCAACUAGCAAGAAUUAUGGAACAUCCAUAUGACAGAAAUAUGCUAGAGGCAAAAUUUAACUUUAUGUGAGAGCAAGCAAGUUGUGUGCUGCAUCAGCACUUUAAUGGUCAUAUACAAUUAUACAAACACUGAAAACUUCAUACAUUGUUAAAAUAUAAUAAUAAUGGAAAAGAUACAGGCAUAAUGGAAAUGCAUUAUGAACUAGUCUGAUCACAAUACUUCACCUUUUAUAUAUGAUUUGGUUAAUAUUUUUUAAUUACUUAUCUUUUGAGAAUUUAUUUUGUAAAAUGUUACCAAUGCAGCUUGCACCAACCCAGAUAGCAUCUUUGGUCUUGCAGAAAAUGUGAGCUAUGAAGUUUAAGCAAAACUCAGUUGGUGAGUCUACGCGUUUACCGAGACACGAGUGUUGUACAAAAAUUCUGAUUAAAGAGAAUGUUUAAAUGUGUAACAAAAUUGAUAAUGAAAUUGUUAAUUAAUUUUGUUAUAGGUCACUGGAGAAGACAAUUUAUAAUUUAACUCAAUGUUGGUUUCUACUUUAUUGCAUGCAUUUUUUUCAUAAGCUUUUAUUCAAAUACAUGUACUUGUUAUGAUAAGAAAAUUAUUUUAGCAGUCUGUCUUUGUUUGAUGCCAUCUUAGUAAAUUUCUGUGAAAAGCUUAUUCUUUACUUUGCUGUAAUAUUAAUUACAGGCCAAAAUUAUGUAAUUUUUUGCAUGUAUAACUGCAGCAGAUUUUGUAGCAUAUCUGUUCUUUAUUUAUAAAGGAAUAUUUCCAAAUAAUAUUAUUUGUUUUUGUUUUUACUGCAAUUUAAUGUUAACAUUCCUAAGAAUUAGUUGGCAGAGGAAAAACUACAGAAGCUGUGUCUUACUUUGUACUUUUGAAUCACUAACUUUCCAUGGUACUUCACAUUAAGCAACUGAUCAUAAGAUCUUUGCAGGUCCUUGGGAACAGUGAUUGAGACUGUAGUCUUAGGGCCUGUUCAGAACCAGUUGAUCUACAGACUAACUGGCCCACAUGGGAACAGUGAUUGAGACUGUAGUCUUAGGGCCUGUUCAGAACCAGUUGAUCCGCAGACUAACUAGUCUAUGGGACAGGGCACAGAUCAACUGAUUCUGAACAGGCUACAGACAUGAUCCUAGGUUUAAAAAAAAAAAAAAAUUAAUUUUAUCGAAUCUCAGACAAGACGAAUCUCAGUAACCAUCAGAAUUGAAUAAAAAAAUGUGGAAUUCUGCAUUUACGCGAAAAAAGCUCAUGUCUUUGUCUAUGAUAAGUCCAAAAUGCUAUAUUUUGGCAAUUUUUUAAUCUUGACUAUCCACACUGUUACAGUGUAUGUAAUCCUUGGUUUUGUUUGAAAUUUUUACAAGCAUUCAUUCACAUUUAUUGUCAUCUACCAGUACAAACAUACAGUGUAAUGAACAUGGUGCAUAUGGACUUUCAAAGCAGAACUCACUUGUGUAAUCACAGCAUUGCACUGAGAUCCUCUACCUGCCUCUAUAAA